CAAUCGUCGCGCGAGAGGAAGAGCCGCCAUUUUACAGCAGACACACGCACUCACACGACAAAAACACACGACUGCGUGUGUGAGUUUGAUUUAAAACAGCCGUGAACUUACACGGUUAUCAAACACACGCAUUUAUAGUGAGAGAAAAAGAUAGCUAAAGGUUGUGGUCAAUCCAAAGCGGGCUGAAUAUGUCCGUCGACAGGAGGGAUGAGAAAGAUGGAGAACUGAAUGUACUGGAAGAUAUUUUGACGGAUGCUCCCGACCAGGACGACGAGCUCUACAACCCAGAAAGCGAACAUGAUAUUAAUGCGAAAAAGGGGUCUAAAAGGAAGAACGAACGAGGAGACAGUCAGGACGCAAAGCGGCUCAGAUCCUCAGGACACACCACCAGACAGACGGCGAAGAGAGCCGGCCAUUCUGCAGGAUCAAACGGCAAAAAGAGCAGCAAUCCCAGAGGAAGACGUGCACCCGAUGACCUGUAUGAGGACAGAAAGAGCCACGGCGGAAGAGGGAGCGCUCCUCAGUCCGAUCUGUCUAAAGGAUAUGGUGAGAAAGGCGUGUCACGCAGCAGAGAGUCCCAAAGACGGAUCAAACCGCUGAUGCGAGACCUCACUGAGAUACGGAAGACCAGUGAGGACAGCACGGGCAGAGUAAGCCGCUCUUCCAGAGACGAGGAGGAGGCGGCUCAUUCAGAGGAGUACGUGUCCGAUCAGGAGACUGCCAGCUCCGCCGCCGCCUCCUCUGAGGGAAACUGCUCUGAAGUAGAGGAGGAGGAGGUCAUGGAGGAGGAAGGAGAGAAGGAAGGGGAGGAGGAGGAAGAGGAGGAAGAAGAGGAGUAUGAGCUGGAGGAAGAGGAAGAGGACCCACGAGAGGCCACCGAACAGAACGACUAUGACACCCGCAGUGAGGCCAGUGACUCCCAGUCUGAGUCUGUUUCCUUCUCAGAUGGCGAGUCUGUGCAUUCCGUCUCAGGCUCUGAGGCUUCAGGCUCUAAGAAACACGAGAAACUGUCGUCUUCUGUCCGGGCCGUGAGGAAGGCCAUUUCACUCACUCUCGGUAAAGAUCAAACCAGCAAGCUGAAGUAUGUCCUGAGAGAGGCCAGAUUUUUCCUUAUCAAGAGCAACAACCACGAGAAUGUUUCUCUAGCUAAAGCAAAGGGUGUGUGGUCCACUCUGCCUGUCAAUGAGAAGAAACUCAACGCGGCUUUUCGCUCGGCCCGAAGCGUCUUACUGAUCUUCUCUGUCAGGGAGAGCGGGAAAUUUCAAGGUUUUGCUCGUCUCUCUUCUGAGUCUCAUCACGGAGGAUCUCCCAUCCACUGGGUGCUGCCCGCAGGCAUGAACGCCAAGAUGCUCGGAGGAGUCUUCAAAAUCGACUGGAUUUGCAGGCGUGAAUUACCUUUUACCAAAACGGCCCACCUUACCAACCCGUGGAACGAGCACAAGCCUGUGAAGAUCGGACGUGACGGACAGGAGAUCGAACUGGACUGCGGGACACAGCUGUGCAUGCUCUUCCCCCCCGACGAGAGCAUCGAUUUGAAUCAGGUCAUUCACAGAAUGCGCCACAAGAGGAGGAUGCACUCCGAGCCUCGGUCUCGGGGCCGACCCCCCCACAGAGAGCCCGCCCCUCGAGACCCGGGAAGGCGUCGUCCAGAGGAAUAUGACAUGCACAACCGGAAGCGGCCCAGGAUGGAUUAUCCUCCAGAAUUCCCACAGAGACCAGGGUUCAUGCAGGACCCUCGCAACGCACACGUGGACAGGCGUUUCACUGGUGUCAGAAGAGACGUGUUCCUUAAUGGAUCUUAUAAUGACUACAUGAGAGAAUUCCACCACACCAUGGGUCCUCCACCACCGUGGCAGGGAAUGGCGCCGUACCCCGGAAUGGAGCACCCGCCUCAGCACCCGUACUACCAGCAUCAUCCUCCGCCACCACAGGCCCACCCGCCGUACUCCGGACAUCACCCCGUGCCCCAUGACGCCCGCUUCAGAGAGAAAAGGGUUGUUCGCUCUUUUGCUUCCAGUCUGCAUGACUAUGACAUGCGCGUGGACGACUUCCUGAGACGCACGCAGGCGGUGGUGAGCGGACGCAGGAGCAGACCGCGCGAACGAGACCGUCAGAGAGAGCGAGACCGCCCACGUGACGCCCGGCGGGACAGAGAGAGGGAGCGCGGCAGAGAGCGAGACCGUGAGAGAGAGCGGAUUCGAGAUCGCGAGAGAGAGAAGGAGAGAGGCCGUUACCGGAGAUAAUAAUGCUUCUAAAUCUGUUUUUCCCCCAUUUGUUUUGUAGAUAAUGUUCGUUUUUUUACAAUGAGCUGUUCGUCAGAAAGCGGAAUUAAAUCUGUGCUUUUUACUCUGUUUUCUCAAACUGCCAUUGUAUCAUGUAAGCAGUGCAUCAAGCUGAACUGUGAAACCAAAAAACUUUUACCCUCACAUCUUUUAUUGCUUUUUUUAAAUAAUCGGUUCUUGAGUUAAACGUUGGAUUUUUCAUUUUGGAUUGUGAGGGAUGUUCCUGUACUGUCUGGUUAUCACAAUUUUUAAGCGUCUGUGACCGUGUUUGCUAGCUCUGCGCUUGUCUUUGUGUAUUGCGUUGUACAUUUAAAUGAAGUCAUAUUCGGUGGCACUGCUAAAUAUGACUGUUGUAUCUAAUGUGUUGCUUUAGACUCGUUUCCUGGUGUUUGGAUUGGGAAAUGAGCUGUUCCUUAUGUCAAAUGGAAGAAUCCUAAAUGUUAUAAAGGUUUGUAAAAGGACUCGAGACAUUUGUGUUUGGAGAAGUUGUUUUGUACGAACAAAUCGAAGUGAAUCGCUGCUGUUUUGUGUUUAUCGGAAUGAAGCAUUAAAUCACAAAUAAAAACUUUGCAUUUUUUAAAUCGA